ACGGAAUGAACGUUUGGCUUGCUGGAUCCCAGUGAGAGGAACUUCUGGGUGGAAGAAGGUUUUCAGAGAAGGCUAUCUUCAGUCCGGCUACAGUUAUGGAGAGUAUCUCUUACUUCAACAGUCAACAAGUUCUUUGCAAAGAUGUUGAGCUGGGGAAAGAAAAGGAAAGAAAGGCCAGGUAUCGCACUUACCAGUGUGCCGCCAUCAUUCUGAGUGUGGUGUUCCUGAUUCUGGCCCUCUGCAUCUUCAGUCUCAGAUAUAUAUGGAGCCCAAACCUCGGGAAGGUGUAUGAUCAUCAAUAUAAAGCAGUACUGGAUGGAAUAGAGACCGAGGGCAUGAUGGAAAUCCAUCCAUCUGAGCGCAUCGAGAUCUUCAGGAUGGGAAACGGCACUGACGAGGUCCUGGAGGUGCACGACUUCAAGAAUGGCAUCAUGGGCAUCCGCUUUGCCAAGCACCAGAGAUGUUAUAUCAGAGGUCAAACCAAGGAGCUGCCCAAGCUGGAUACAAAGACUGUUGAUGUUGAGGUAACUGAGAGCGGUGAAGUGGAUAUGCAGAUGGUAGACUCUCAGAUAUGGAUUCCAGCCGAAGAGCCCAUCUCUAACAAAACAUUCUUGUCAAAUUCCAAGAUUUGGGAGAUUUGCCAAGAUCUCCCCAUCCACUGGAUCCACCCUUCUCCUCUCAGAGAUGCUGAAUUUCACGAUAUAGAGGAUGUGGAGGCCCCAGAGCUGGAAGCAAGAGGUCCACGUCAGGCCCGGGACGUCAUGGACCACGUACCAGUAAACGACUAUAGUGAAAUGGGGCUGGAGCUGGACAACAGCCUAGAUGAGCAGGGCUACUGCUGCCAGUACUGCCGCCGCGGGUACCGUUACUGUCGGCGAUACUACGAGCCCCUGGGUGGCUUUUGGCCAUAUCCCUACUAUUACCAGGGAGGACGGGUCAUCUGUCAGAUUGUCAUGCCCUGCAACUGGUGGAUAGCACGAAUGCUGGGACGAGUUUAAGGAUGCCAGAGGGAACCAGUGGUGCUAUGCUGCUCAGGGGUUUGCAUAGACAAGCUUUUACAUUUGUACAAAAAAAAGUCACAUAAACACUCAAAGCUUUUUUUCAACCUAUGUGUAAUUAAAACCAAAAUUAUGUUAAAAUAAUGCAAAACAUUGCUCAAAAUAUAUUCAACUGAGUGAUUAUCUUUUAUUACAUAUGUUGCUUCUUAGAUGAGGGAAAUUGUAUAUCUUAGGUUCUAUGGGUUCGUAUGUUCCCCCCACAUAAUCACCUAUUAGCAUCCAUUAGUUCAAUUCGUGGAACAACAAAUGAUUUCUUUUUAAUAGUACAAAUAUACUCCACGUCAGACUAUUUUCAACAGCGUUUGCUUGUAAUUAUUAUGCAUGCAGUUUUUAUGAGCAUAUUAAUUUUGAAACCACAUGGAAUAUUAGUCUCUCAAUUAGCAUGGUUGUAAAAACUGUUAUUAUAUAAUUAACUGUUUAAAACAAAGCUAGAUGGAGUCUAUCACAUUAAAAUGCAAGUAUUCCAUAUGAACUACCCACAUAUACAUGCUUAUACAUAUGUUAGGGCUGCACGAUACUAGAAAAAUCUUGUGAUAUACAUUGCAAUAUACUGUAUUUUCUUUUCGACUUAGUCCUUUUAUUAAUCUGGGGUCACCACAGCAGAAUGAAUCGCCAACUUAUCCAGCAUGUUUUACACAGCGGAUGCCCUUCCAGCUGCAACACAUCACUGGGAAACACCUACUGUAUACACUCUCAUUAACACUCAUACACAACAGACAAUUUAGCUUACCCAAUUUACCUGUACCACAUGUCUUUGGAUUUGUGGGGGAAACCGGAGCACCCGGAGGAAACCCACGCAAACACGGGGAUCAUGCAAACUCCACACAGAAAUGGCAACUGACCCAGCCAAGGCUCGAACCAGUGACCUUCUUGCUGUGAGGCGAUCGUGCUACCCACUGCGCCAUUGUGUUGCCAUAUAUUGUAUCUAUCUGAACAAUUAGAGCAAAUGAUUGAAUGCCACAAUUGGGAAAGAAAUUUUGUUUACACUUUAUUUUAAAGUUCAAUUCUCACUUUUAGCAUUCCAUUAUGUCCUUUGCUUCAAUAAACUCCUAAUAAGUUAUUUAUUAAUAGUUAUUAGGGUAGUUUAGGUAUUGUGUAGGAUUAGGGAUGUAGAAUAAGAUACAGAAUAUGUAGUUUAAAAGUAACCUCGAUAGUUAUUUUCCAUAUUGAACGAUAACAAUAUAUAUUCGAUAUAAGUUGUUAAUGCUUCCAGAUUUAAAAGAGAAUGUACAUUAAGUGGCAUAACAUAUUCUCGGCCAAUAUAUUUUCAGUGGUCGAAAAUUUGACACAUCUCUAAUAUCAACACUUUUAGAUUCCCAUUGUUGCACAUUUCUGCUGUGUGAUUGGCUCUUAGAUCAAUAAAGAGUAAAAAAAAGUCCAUAGCUUAUCAUUGUUAUUGACAUAAAUUUUGUUGGGAUUCGAUAUAAUAUAGUUUAUCGCCCCAGUCCUAUUUAAAAGUACUAAUAAGCAGCCAAUAUCUCAAUAACAUGCAUGCUACUAAGCGUGUUAAUAGUGAGAAUUGGUCCAAAGUGUUUCCAAAAAUAUUAAGUUUGAUUGAUUGGGAUGAUUCUGUAGGGCAGCAAAUCAUGCAUAAAAUGUAAUAAACAAACUACAAGUGUAGACAAAUGAAACAAAGCAAAGAUAAAAGUGAAAUAAACAGUGCAUGAUUUAUAGUUUUGUAUAUGUAAAUGUAAAAAUUACACUGCAAAGUCACCUCAACAUUGCAUAUCUAUGCGAUGUGACUAUUGUGGAUGCACACAUUAUGAUAUUGAUGCUGAAACAAUAUAUUGUGCAGCCCUAACAUAGAAGUGCCAAGAAAAUAUCCCCCACACCAUUACACCACCACCACCAGCCCAAACCACUGACACAAAGCAGGAUGGAUCCAUGCUUUCAUGUUGUUGAUGCCAAAUUCUGAACCUACUAUCUAAAUGUCGCAGCAGAAAUCAAAACUCAUCAGACUAGGCAACGUUUUUCCAAUCUUCUAUUGCGCAAUUUUGGUGAGCCUGUGCAAACUGUAGCCUCAGUUUCCUGUUCUUAGCUGACAGGAGUGGCACCUGGUGUGGUCUUCUGCCUUAACAACCAUGCCACGUUCAAAGUCACUUAAAUCACCUUUCUUCCCCAUUUUGAUGCUCGAUUAAAACUACAACAGAUCGUCUUGACCAUGUUUACAUGCCUAAAUGCAUUGAGUUACUGUCAUGUGAUGAAUGAAUUUGCGUUAACGAGCAGUUGGACAGGUGUACCUAAUAAAGUGGCCAGUGAGUAAACAGUAUAAAACUGUAAUUGGUCAAGAUAACAAAUUUAAAGAUUCCCAUUUUUAUUUGGAACGUGAAUGAGAAUUAUCAGACCUUUACAGAAUAAAACAAAUAUUAACAACUUCUUCAAACACAUACAUAGUAAAUAAGCACAUCCUGAGAAUUUUCCAAGUGGUCUCAAAUACUUUUCUAUGUUUUUCUAUGUCUAUUUCUUUGAGACGAACUCUAAUAAAGUGUAUUCAUAUGUCCUUGACUUAGCUGAUACUGGAAGCACAACAGAAACGGCAGCAUGGAAAUGUUUAGUUACUAUAGUCUAUAUGUUUUAUGCAGGCAUUUAUAAACAAAGAAAGUGUAGGUAGAGCCAUUGUAGCUCAGUGAAUGGUUUUAAUUUGAUUUAAUGUGUUUGCAUCACUUUCUGAAUGACAUUAAAUUAGCCUUUCCGAGGGCCUUUUAUUUGUCUUUUUUAUAGUGGAUGAGAGGCAUUAUAAGGAACCAGGUUAACAAAAGUACGUCUACAGUGAUUUGCAUGUUGAUAUUAUGAACUGUUUCUUUCUAAUGUAUUUACGCCGAAGCAAGUCCCUGCAGAACUUGGAAAAUUAGCCUUUUUUAAAAGCCGUUAUGUGGAUUUAAUGCAGUGUAGAACUACACUGUACACGGCUAUAUUUAAGUAGUGACAUUGCUAGCGCCAUAAUUGCAGGUCUGGGACUGUUUCAAUCAAUUCUUUCAUCCAAGCAAACGCGUGCUCUAUAAAUUGCAUUUACGUAAUCUAAUGCUCCUUUGUGUUUUUACAGCAACUUCCUUCUGAAUAAAAAUGGUAAAAAUUU